CCUGGGGUCUCCCCAGAGCAGUUUGAGGGCAGACUCAGUGAUAGCUUGGCAGCCAGCGCGUCCUCGUCCUCGUCGACGCUCUGCACGCCCCACAGCAGCAGGUCUGACCUGCUCCUCCCGUUUACUGCGGGCGACUAUGUGCUCAGCUCCAGUCUUUCAGCGUGCUCAUUGGUCCCCGAGGGGUCAGUUGAACCCAUGCAGAUAGAUGCUGACCCCCAGGAAGACCAGCAGAAUGCGCCGGACAACAACUAUGUCGUCGAAAACCCAACCCUGGAUCUGGAGCAGUAUGCCUCCAGCUACAGUGGACUGAUGAGGAUUGAGCGACUGCAGUUCAUCGCUGACCACUGCCCCCAGCUCCGCAUCGAAGCCCUCAAGAUGGCCCUGUCCUUCGUCCAAAGAACCUUCAACGUUGAUGUGUACGAGGAGAUCCACCGCAAACUCACUGAAGCCACGAGGGAAGUUCAGGGGGUGCCAGACGCUGUUCCUGAAGGGGCAGUCGAACCCCCUCCCCUCGACACAGCCUGGGCAGAGUCCACCAGGAAAAAGGCUCUACUCAAACUGGAGAAGCUCGACACAGACCUGAAGAACUACAAGGGAAAUUCCAUUAAGGAGAGCAUUAGGAGGGGUCAUGAUGACCUUGGAGAUCAUUACCUUGACUGCGGUGACCUCAGCAACGCCUUGAAGUGCUACUCCCGAGCCAGAGACUACUGCACUAGCGCCAAGCAUGUCAUCAACAUGUGUCUUAAUGUAAUCAAGGUUAGCGUUUACCUCCAAAACUGGUCCCAUGUGCUGAGCUAUGUAAGCAAGGCAGAAUCCACUCCAGAGAUUGCAGAGCAACGAGGAGAGAGAGAUAGUCAAAACCAAGCUGUCCUCACCAAACUAAAAUGUGCCGCAGGACUGGCAGAACUUGCAUCCAGAAAGUACAAGCCGGCCGCCAAAUGCUUCCUGCAAGCCUCGUUUGACCACUGCGAAUUCCCUGAGCUCCUCUCUCCCAGUAACGUAGCAGUGUAUGGGGGGAUGUGUGCCCUGGCCACGUUUGACAGACAGGAGCUGCAGAAAAACGUCAUCUCUAGCAGCUCCUUUAAAUUAUUUUUAGAGCUGGAACCCCAGGUCCGGGAUAUUAUCUUCAAGUUUUAUGAGUCAAAGUAUGCGUCAUGUCUGAAAAUGCUGGAUGAGUUGAAGGAUAACCUUCUGUUAGACAUGUACCUGGCUCCCCACGUAAGAACACUGUACACGCAAAUCAGGAACAGAGCCCUUAUACAGUACUUCAGCCCGUAUGUCUCGGCGGACAUGAACAACAUGGCGGUGUCCUUCAACACCACGGUGGCCGCGCUGGAGGACGAGCUCACCGCGCUCAUCUUGGAGGGCCUCAUCAACGGCCGCAUCGACUCCCACAGCAAGAUCCUUUACGCCCGUGAUGUGGAUCAGAGAAGCACAACGUUCGAGAAGUCCGUACAGAUGGGCAAAGAGUUCCAGAGACGAGCCAAAGCCAUGAUCCUCCGGGCAGCCGUGCUGCGUAACCAGAUACACGUCAAGGUAACAGGCUCUCCAGGUCCCCUCCAAGAGAAGGGAGCCAAGGGGAACUCACAGCCGCCAACAGCCAAACACGAAUGAGCACCAAUAUGUGAAGACUGGACUGGAGGCUUCUCCACGGAAAGUAGACGGAGGAAGGAGGAGAAGGAGGGGAGGGGGGCACCACGUUACGCAUCAUCCCCCCCUCCUCCCUCCCUCACAAGAGAAAAUAAAAUGAAAAAAUCUAUUCCGUUCUCCCUGCUGAAGAAAGAAAAAUCACAAUCUAAAGACUUUAAGCGGGGAAGAAGAUAUCUGUUGUCAGUCAUCAAUGACAAGCACAUCCUGUUGCUCAAUAGGAAAUGAAAGAUGAAAAUAACAAUAAAAAAGGAAAAACAGAAAAAAG